CUCUCUCAUCUCCUCUCUCUCUAGCCGUGGCUCAGUUACGGCGUGGCCUCCGUCGACAGCGGACCACGAUUGAGCGAGUGAGAGCGAGAUCGCGUAUAGCAGUAGAUUUAAUGAAUAACAGAUUAUACACAAUAAUUGUCUGUCUUUAUUAUUAUAACUGAAAAUAAAAAUAGAAUAUCGGGUUUAUUGAAGAAAUAAAAAUCUACACAGUUAUGGAAGAAACUGAACUGAAACUCAUCACCGUGAAAAAAUGUGUGAAAUAAUAAUAAUAAUAGAAAAAUGACGCCAAAUUACGAACUCGAACCACUGAACAGUCUGGCAGCAGACGACGUCAGUGCCUUAGUUUCGAAAACAAACGUCUUAAACCGAACGUUUUUUUAGAAGUAAAAAAAAAACGUCGAGGAACAAUGAAUGUUUACGUCGUAAGUCCCGCGAGGCGUCUCUCUAACGUUUCGCUCUCCAGGUAAUUCGAAGAUUAGAGAAAGAGAGAGAGAGUUAGAGAAAGGGAGUUAGAGACGGAGCGAGAGAUAGAGAGAGAAGGGGAAGGAAACCCAUGUCCCUCGUACGCUCCAAGUCCCUCCCAGGCGUCGGCCCGGAAUGGGACGGCUCCGAGGAGCCGUCCGGGACCUCGCGUUCCGCCGGGGGCACCUCGGGCGGGACUCGGGACUCCGGGGUGGUGGUCGUGCAGUGCGACCAGGCGUCCUUCGCCUCCGACGCCAGGUCCUCCCUCCUGGGCGACCUGAACUCGGGCGUGGCCUGCUCCGAUGCGCCCUCGGAGGUCAACGAGGAAGACGGGAACCACAAGAACAACGACGACCCCAACAAGAAAGCGACCAUCGGCAGGCAUUACUACCCCGAGGGAGGGUGGGGCUGGGUCAUCCUGACGAUGGCGCUGCUGGUGCAGAUCUCAUCCCACGGGUUUCAUCAGGCGACGGGGCUCCUCAUCCUGCAUAUGGUGAAGGAGUUCCCUUCCAUAUCCUACAUCUCCGCAAUGAAUCAUAGUUCUGAGGAAUUGAGGGUCACUGUUGAACAAGUGAGUCUCAAUACUGAGGAAUAUUGGAUCACUGUUGAAUCAUAA